CACAUCCACAAACCCCUGAGUGUGUCCAUGCGUAGGAAGCAAAUCGAAACUCCUCAAUGAGUUCACCUUCAGAUAAAUAGUUUGUCCCCCUCUUACUCAAGUCUUGGAAUAAUCACCUGGUGUCUUGGCAACAUGAAUGGCUCUCUGCACUCCUCCUCCAACGUGGUGGACAUUAAACUGAAGAGAGGACCCGCAGGUUUGGGCUUCAAUAUAGUCGGGGGCGUGGACCAGCAGUAUGUUGUGAAUGAUAAUGGAAUAUUUGUGUCUAAAAUAAAAGAAGAUGGAUCAGCAGCACUGGAUGGAAGACUUCAAGAAGGAGAUAAGAUCCUGGCGAUUAACGGAGCAAUGCUGGAUAAUCGGACACAUAAAGCUGCAGUGGAGCUCUUCAGGUCAGCAGGAGAGAAUGUAGAGCUUAAAGUUCUGAAGAAGGCCCCUCACCUCACAAACGGACCUACAGGCUCACAACCAGAACAAGAACCCUCCAUGUCUUCUCUGGGAAUACUGGCUGUUUUGGCAGGAGCUGCUGCCGUCAUUGCAUUCAUCUACAUGCGGAAGCACUUUUAACUAUUGUCUCCAUAUUAUUUUUAAGAUCAAAAACUUUGCUAAAGGCCAAAGAAGUGAAGAGGGAAUAAACUCUAAACAGUAGACUUUAUUUUUGAUUAGUAGAUGUUGGCGUCACUGAUGAGUUUCUCCGUAUUCAUGUGUAUUAUAUGAUUAAUGGUAGCUGUUUUGCACCUUUCCUAUGCAAAGGGAUGCUCUCUUUUCAGAGGUUACUUUAAAUAGAUAACUUUGAUGUUAAGUAAAGAAAGAGGGAUGUACAUGACAUUCCUGCUGCCGAGCUGAGCCGGGCUGAGCUCUUUUGGCAGCAACACGCAGAGUUUAUAUGUAAAAAAUAUAGUAGAUGAUUUGGUAAAGUUAAACUGACUGAAGUUCUAGGGUCCAUUUAUGAACUGGACUGAAAGACAGUGUUGUGUUCAGUCUGUCAUAGGCCUCUAUGCAGCGACGUCGCUGACAAAUAGAUCUGUGGGAGGAAGCUGCCGUCAUUUCACUUUAUCACUGUUUAAAAAAUCACAACUGGGUUUGAUUUUCAUUUUGCACUUCUUGUACAGGUUAACGGAUGGAAUGGCAUCCAGCCAUGCUGCUUAGAUGAAACUGUGGGAUGGAAAAAAAGCCUGCAGAUACUGUAAAACAUUUUGUCUUUUAAUGGACUCCACCGAGUGCCUUUUCUGUGUUCCAAACGGUGGUGGUGUUCAUUUAUUGUUGAUCCUUUUCAUGACCAAAAUGAAAAUCAACCCGCUGUGUCUAUAAACACGUUUAAGGAUAUGGCAUUGUUAUAUGUUCUUGGGAACAAAUCCCCAUAAAAGUCUGUUUUUCACUGACUUUGUUGAGGAAUGGAAAGAGAUGUGUCCUUUAAAAAAAAAAAAAAAAAAAAACAUGACAUUUGUUCAGUCGCCAAGUUUAAGAUGUGUGUCAUGAAGCAUCACUCAGGGUGAGCUAUUAAAUCUGAAAUGUUUUGCUUCAUGUUUAAGGGCAUGAGUAGCUCAGUCCCAACUUGAGACUCCACUGUCAUCUUAAUGUUCUUGUCAUUUUGCAUCAAGGUGAGUACUUAUAAUUAUGUUGCAUGAUCACGUUAAUGGUCCUUGAGGAGCGCCUAUGAAAUCUGGAUUAUAAUUCUGAAAAUAAAUUGUGUACUUGUAUGAAGGACCAAAACUCUAAUACGAGAAGCAGCUUUGAGCCAAUCCACACAGAGGGAAUGGAACAUGUUAUUUACUGUCGAUACUUAAUGUUUUAUUUUUGCACUAGUCGCAAUCACGGAUAUUCACUGUCAUGCAGAUGAAUAUUUAAAUAGUGUUUUCUGGGAUGUGUUUGUCCGUCUUAUCACUCUGCAGCGUAUCUGUCAUUUAAUUGUCUGACUGUUGGUGGUCUGUAAAUACGUUUCAUGUCGCUCUGCUGAGUGGGAUUGUGAAUAUGUGCAGAAUGCCAGAAAGUAGAUCAGAAGAACUACUAAAUUAUCAAAAAUGUGGUUAAAAUUCAGCCAUGUAAUAAAGUUUAUCAUGAAUUCA